AAGAAAAAAAAAGUGGGCUGUAACUUAAGGAUCCUAAGACUCACAAGUGAGGGGCCGGUCUGGAGGUGGAGUGGGGAGCGACACGCCAAGGAGGAGAGACAGACCCAGGAGGGCGCGAGGAAGUGUCUUGGCCGAGGCUGGGGCCAGAGGGAGAGGGUGGAGAGAAGUCUGCAGAAGUGAGGCACCCUCCGGAGUCCGGAGGAUCAGGGGGCAGCUCCUCCUGCAUCCUGGGAAGGGCUCUGGACACCUUCAGCCCCUCUCACCGCCCUCUGAGGCUCAGCCAGAAGCUCAGGGUGCUUGCUGAGCCAGUGACACGGCCGCGGAGCUGGUGCCCCAGGGAGCCCCAUGCCCAUCUCCUCCGCGCUCCCCAGCAUGGAGGAAGGCGGCGAUUUCGACAACUACUACGGGGCAGACAACCAGUCUGAGUGUGAGUACACGGACUGGAAGUCCUCGGGGGCCCUCAUCCCUGCCAUCUACAUGCUGGUGUUCCUCCUGGGCACCACGGGCAACGGCCUGGUGCUCUGGACCGUGUUUCGGAGCAGCCGCGAGAAGAGACGCUCAGCUGACAUCUUCAUCGCCAGCUUGGCAGUGGCCGAUCUGACUUUCGUGGUGACCCUGCCGCUGUGGGCCACCUACACGUACCGGGACUACGACUGGCCCUUUGACACCUUUGCCUGCAAGCUCAGCAGCUAUCUCAUCUUUGUCAACAUGUACGCCAGCGUCUUCUGCCUCACCGGCCUCAGCUUCGACCGCUACCUGGCCAUCGUGAGGCCGGUGGCCAAUGCUCGGCUGAGGCUGCGGGUCAGCGGCGCCGUGGCCACGGCGGUCCUGUGGGUGCUGGCCGCCCUCCUGGCCGUGCCGGUCAUGGUGUUCCGCUCCACCGCGGACCUGGAGAACACCACCAAGGUGCAGUGCUACAUGGACUACUCCAUGGUGGCGAGCUCCAGCUCGGAGUGGGCCUGGGAAGUGGGCCUGGGUGUCUCGUCCACGGCCGUGGGCUUCGUGCUGCCCUUCACCGUCAUGCUGACCUGUUACUUCUUCAUCGCGCAAACCAUCGCCGGCCACUUCCGCAAGGAGCGCAUCGAGGGCCUGCGCAAGCGGCGCCGGCUGCUCAGCAUCAUCGUGGUGCUGGUGGUGACCUUCGCCCUGUGCUGGAUGCCCUACCACCUGGUGAAGACGCUCUACAUGCUGGGCAGCCUGCUGCACUGGCCCUGCGACUUCGACCUCUUCCUCAUGAACGUCUUCCCCUACUGCACCUGCAUCAGCUACGUCAACAGCUGCCUCAACCCCUUCCUCUACGCCUUCUUCGACCCCCGCUUUCGCCAGGCCUGCACCUCCGUGCUCUGCUGGCGCCAGAGCCGGUGCGGGGCUGCCUCCCACAGCAGCAGCGGUGAGAAGUCGGCCAGCUACUCCUCGGGGCACAGCCAGGGGCCCGGCCCCAACUCGGGGAAGGGCGGAGAGCAGACGCAGGAGAAAUCCAUCCCCUAUAGUCAAGAGACCCUUGUGGUUGACUAGAGCCGAGCUCAGAGAGAAGCCUGGCGUCUGUUCUCUGGCCCUCCCCAGCCUUCGCCCUUGCUCUCUGGAAGUCAGGGAGCACCCGGGCACCCAUCCCUUGCACGUGGCCCUUUUGCUGCUCCCUGCCUCCUGCCUCUGGCUUGUCUUCUCCUGCAGUCUUGUUCAGAGUUUGUGGUUUCAUGGAAGGACAUGGCACCUGCAGCCCUGCGCUCAGCCACUCAGUAUCUGUGAGGCUGACCUUGCACAAGUCUCUUAAUCUCUCUGAGCCUCAGUUUCUCCAUUUGUAUAAAAAUGGGGAAGUCGUACUGACACUAAAAUGAUGUGUAUGUCCUGACUCAGUAAAAGUUCCUCUCUUGCCCCUUUCCCUGGACCUCCACCUCUUUUUUUUCUCUCUCCUUUCCUUUCCCUCUAGUUUUCUCUCCCCUCUCCCCUUGGUUUUUCCCUCUCUCUGCAAUUCUUUUCUUUCUUUCUUUUUUUUUUAGGAGAGCAAGGAGGCAGAGGCUUUUAUUUGGAGAGAAAGUGAAAAGACAGAGCUCCUGGCUCAAGCCAGGAAGGGUCAAGAGAGUCCCCUCUCUCUGUAAUUCUUAACUUCUGGUUCCAACCCCAUCUCCAUAGCGCAUCCUCCUCCCUCUUAUUUUACCUCCUUUCUCUGAAGGGCUCCUAAGGGUUAAGAAUCCUGAGGCUUGCAAACACUGCCCCUGUUCUAUGCUGUUUCCCAGAGCCAGAAGGGACUGGAUGGGUGGGGUGGGCUGGGUCUCAGUGGAGUGUGCUCCAGCCUCUGCAGCUGGGAGCUCUGAAACUUCCCCCAAAUUGUAUGGGUUGGCUGUAAUUUCAGGCACUGUGGGUAGAGCAAUCCAGAAAGGGGGUGUUCCCCCCUUUCUGCAGCCCCUCCAUGUUGCCAACUACAUAAGGUUUCUACAGAUUUCUUCAGACCCUUUCAUCCAACCUCACGUCUCCCUGAGUUUGGAAGGCAAUGGGGUUGAUGACACAAUGGGCUCCCCGGUUUCUUUAUAUGAGUGGGGAGUUGGGAAGGGAAGUUGGAGAAGGUGGGAGUCAGCAUUUAGUCUAAUGCUGCUUGGCUUCCCUCCCCAAAUCCACAUCCCUCCAGCCUCCUCCCGGACUGUGAGCCCCAGGGGUUCCACCUGUCUCCUCGCCCACCCCAUCAUCCCAGGACACUUCUUGUGCUCUGGUGCUUCCUGGUGCCCAGUCACUUUGGGGUGGGAUGCUUGCUUUGUGUAGGUGUGUGUGUGUAUAUAUAAUUGUGUGUGUGUAUAUGUAUCAGCACAGAUGAGCAUAACAGGAAGAGCAUUGUGCCUGUGUCAUGUGUCACUCGGGUGGACAUCCCCCCACCCCUUACUCUGUACCAUCCCUCUGCUCUUCACACAGUGUCCUUGAGGGAAGAAAGGACGUACUGAGGCAAUUUAGAGUAGAAGGAGACCACCCCCACUGGACUGGGGGCUCUGACGGCUGGUCCGUGCUUUAGCAGAGAAGUCCGGGCUGGCACUGGUGUCCUAGAGGGAGAUGUCUCCUUAAAGCCAUCGUGCCCAAGGCCUGGGGAAAUCCCGUGCGCUGGUCCCUGUCCUUCUCUAGGUCCUUGAGGGAAACAGGAGGCUGGAUAAGAGCUUCCCUUGGCCCUCUCCCCCUCCCCUCUGCUGUGGUCACUCUCCCCUUUCCCAGGGUGCGUGGCCCUCUUUUUAAGAAGGUCACCUGCUGGCCAUGGGGUAGAAAGCGCUGGGUGGUGUUUUUCCUCCUUCACCAUCAGAAUCGGACCCCUGGGCUCCUCCUGCUGGGUUGGGGGGCUGAGAACAGUGACCUGAGCUGCCUGUGCCAGGGCUGCCGGCAUCAUGGCGCCAGACAGGCCUUGAGGAUGACAUUGAUGGUGGGGCCUUGGUGAGCUGGGGGCAGGGUGUGUGUAUUCCAGGUUUUGUUCUUGGAGGACUCUGCACCUAAGGACAAGCCAUGAGCCAUGGAGGCAGGAAGAGCCCAGCCUCAUGUAAAUGGCCAUCUUGAGCACCUGUGGGAUGGCACCAGCUCUGGGGGCAGAGGGAGAAGGGGACGGGUCUCUGCUCAGCUUAGUCUUCCCAUCACUCAGAAUCUUCCAGAUUCACUUUCUUGGCCUAGGGCUGUUUUGAAAGCACCCAGUCAAGGCUGGAGGAAAAUUCUAGAAGGGAAGAGUGUGCCCGUCCAAGGCCUUCCUGGGGCACCUGCAGAGACUUCCUGCCUCCAGUGGAACGGAACUCCUUGGUGGUUCCGGACAGAGAGUCGGAGAGGCUGCCGGUGGUGAGGCUCCCUCAUCCCCCACCUACCCCUUCUUUGGAAACUGUGCUAUUUUCUGACCCUGUUAGUCACUGCAGUAAAAUAAAUAAAAUUUUAACAGAUCAAAUAAAUCUGUUUUGUGUAACUAUA